AUGGAGAUGAACGAUGGCGAUAACGAAGAGUUUGGGUUCUCCAGAAAUUACUUUCUGGCAAAGGAGCUCCGUGGCUCCGGCAAGAGAUCUCAUUCUAAGCUCUCGGAUAUUGACGUCGUUGACGAACAGGAACUGAUUGCAGCAGCAUCUAAAAUCGAACCAAAACAUGAGAAAGAGGUCAAGGAAUUGAUGAACAGUUAUAAGAGUUCGUACCCUGAAUGGGCUUUUGAGCUAAGAUGUGGUCUUGGCCUUCUUAUGUAUGGAUUUGGAUCGAAGAAGGCCUUGCUUGAAGAUUUUGCUUCAACAUCAUUGACCGAGUAUUCUGUGGUUGUUGUCAAUGGAUAUCUUCCGGGAAUAAAUAUAAAACAGGUUGUGGCAGCCUUAGCUGAACUUCUGUGGGAUCAACUGAAAUCCAAAAGAAAGAAUCCUGGGAGCUCCUCCAAAGUUCAACAGCCAUUUAGUUCUAGAUCCAUGGAUGAUCUUCUUGCAUUUUUGGAUGAGGAUAGGACAAACGAAUGUUUUGUAUGCGUUGUCAUUCAUAACAUUGAUGGGCCUGGAUUAAGGGACUCUGAAAUCCAACAAGUUCUUGCACGAGUUGCUUCUUGUUCCCAUAUUCUCAUGGUGGCCUCUAUUGAUCAUGUGAAUGCACCUCUUUUGUGGGACAAGAAGAUGGUUCACACACAGUUCAACUGGUGCUGGCAUCAUGUUCCUACCUUUGCGCCAUACAAGGUUGAAGGAAUGCUCAUUCCCCUGAUUCUUGCACAUGGAAAUACCACCCAAAGUGCCAAAAGUGCUACAAUAGUUUUGCAGAGUUUGACAUCCAAUGCCCAGAGUGUGUUCAAAGUUCUUGCAGAAUAUCAACUAUCUCAUUCUAAUGAAGAAGGUAUGCCCGUUGAUAAUCUGUAUGCAAGCUGUCGAGAGCGCUUCCUAGUGAGCAGCCAGCUUACGCUUAACUCCCAUUUGACAGAAUUCAAAGAUCAUGAGUUGGUCAAGACCAAAAGGAAUUCUGAUGGCCAGGAUUGCUUGCACAUCCCUCUCACAAAUGAGGCACUUGAAAAACUCAUAGCGGAGCUCAGUCAGUGA